GGCUGCCGUCUCUUCCGACGGCUGCUUUCCCUCGGUGACACCGGCUCCUCCCGGAGAGAGGCGGUUUUCCCCGUCGCGCCGCUGCCAUGGCCUCCGUCCCCUCCGUCGGUUGUCUCCUGGCCAAGAACCAGUACUACCGCACAAGACAGAACUCGGAAUCCAGCGUCUCUUCCAGCUCCUCCUGCUGUCCGGAUGCUGUGAACGUUACAGACCAGGACAAAGCAUUUCAUGGUUUACCUGAGUUAAUUGAUAAAUGUUGGUGGAUAAAAAGCUUUUUCCAUAGUGAACCAUGUCCACCAACUGUUGGCAGAAAAACACUAUCAGCAAGCAGUACCAACAGUUGAAUAGGACAGCAUGCUGGCUUAACUGACUGAGAUACUACGUACAGAUUCGUUUUUCCAAGAGGCUUGGGAUCUUCCUAACGUCUGGGUUCAGCUGCAAGAAGAAAACAAAACCUUUAGGAGAACGGAAAAGUCUAUUUUCAAAAUACUUGUCAGUAGCUUAAAUGGUAUUACUUAAUGGACAUGUCCAUGGCCUAUCUUGUUCAUUACAGAGUUGCUAUAAUUUGAGAUGUCUCUCAAAUUGUCCAGAUUCAAAGUCCUGAUAACUUCGAUAGUUAGAGAAAAAUGACAGUAAAAGUAAGAUAUUGUAGGUUUAGGUGAAGCUUAUGUAUCAAAUGACUUUGCAAUAGGUGAUACUGGUAAGUUUUACCUUUAAGAUAUCAGCUCUAUAUGCAGUCACACGGAGGUAAACAAGAUUCAGAUAUAUAGUCCAGAGUAGGAAUGCUACAUGGUACAUGUUUUCUAUUAAGUAUUUGUGUACCAGUUACAGGGAGUAAGUUUACAAGAAUGCUUCUUAAUAGCUUUGCUUUUAGAAAGCCCCAGUUACACAAAGAAACAGUAAUUAGUUUGGUCUUUUUGUUCGAGCAGGGUACAUAGAUCUCAACCUCAAAUACCCAGGUACAACAUCCAUUCAUAUCUAUGCAUGUUGGUAUUUGAGGACAGAGUAGAAGGGAUAGACAAAAAAUCAGUAAUUCCAAUGGGCGCUGACAUCUUCAAAGCAGAAGAGCAACCUUAAUCAGAGCUGAUACUCUUGGCUCUGUUUUAGACUACUCUGACCUGCUUUGCUGUAGCUUAAAAUGCUGCUUGUUCUCAAGUGACUACUCCUAUCGAUACGCACUGCUGUCUGUCAGCUUAGUUAUGUGCUAGACCUGGCAAAGUGCUCAACUCAAAGUAAUCACAUCAAUGUUAUUAACCAAGUCUACCUUUGUCAGAAUUCAUGCUCUUGAAAGAUGCAGUAACAUAGCUUCAUUUGGUCUUCAGUAUAGCAAAGCAGUACAACAGAUUGUGUAUUCUGCUGGGUAUGACUGAAAUGCAUCAGAGGUCAUAGAAAAUAACAGGUGUUUGGCUGGAUGAUAUAAUUUCUGUAAACUAUCUGUGCAGCUUCUUGAUAUACGGUCGCUAAAGCUACCUGACCUUUGUCUGUCACUGGAUGAACUAACAAUAGCAAACAUGAAUGUAGCCAACAUUUUUCAUUAUAUGUUAAUGGCUGUCAUGGUUUUUCAUAACUCUAAAGAUUCCUGAACACUUGAUACACUUUGAACUGACUUGUUAUGUUUCAUUCUUCGCUGCUGUUGUGUAGUUUCAUCUUUGUCCUUUCUCUAAGUGUACAGAAUGAACAAUUCUAUUUUUUUUUAUACUAAGAUAUUUUUAUUAAUAAAGAUUUAAUCAGUACUUCUUCUGACUUA